CUGGCGAUCGACUUCCAUGAAUUUCCUAAUUAAACUCCUAUAUGUACUGGAGAGAUCAAGGGAGAUUUUUUACUCACUUCAUCGCUUUGUCUGAGAAAAAUUGUUUCUUUCUUCUUCUAUUCCCACACGUAGCAGCUAGAAGUUUUGAUCAUUGUGGGUUUGAGUUUGUGUCGUUUUUCUUAAAUAGAUUAGAAAUUGACACAAACACAAAGAAAAAUGAACAAUAUGUGUAUGUUGCUGCUCAAGGUGGUAUAAAUGAUGCACUAGGAAAUAUGUCUGAAGAUGACUGGAGAUGGCACAUGUAUGAAUAUGACAGGGUCAAAGGAUGGGACUGGCUUGUGAUCAAGAUGAUAUUCAGUACAUGUGCAGAGAUGCACCAAAAGCAGUGAUUGAACUUGAGAAUUAUUGCCUCCCCUUUUCUCGUAUUGUGUGGCUUUGUGGUUAGAUUUUGUUGGAACUUAGAACUCUUGGUUUUGGUAAUCGUUUUUGUCUAG